CACCUCCCAGGAUGCCUCUGCAGGUGAACGAUUACAAUUGGCAGCAAACCAACAAUGCGGUCUUUAUCUCCGUGCCCCUUCGAGGCGUCUGCGUCAGAGACGCGGACGUGUUUUGCACAGAAAACUAUCUGAAGGUCAACUAUCCUCCAUUUUUAUUUGAAGUGUUUCUGUACGCUCCCAUAGAUGAUGAGAGCAGCAAAGCCAAGAUUGGCAGUGACACUAUUGUUUUCACCUUAUAUAAAAAGGAAGCAGUCAUGUGGGAAAACCUUUCUGUAGCAGGUGCUGACAAACAGAUGAUGCAAGGAAUAAGAGAAAAAUCUAUUUUACAAGCCCAAGAAAGAGCAAAAGAAGUUAUGGAAGCAAAAGCUACAGCAAAGCGGGAAGAUCAAAAAUUCACACUAAAUGUCAUGAUGAAGAUUGAAGAAGAAGAGAGGCAAAAAAUAGAAAACAUGAAAGAAAACGAACGAAUAAAAGCAACUAAAGAAUUAGAAGCCUGGAAAGAAUGUCAAAGAAAAGAUGAAAAACAAAAAGAACAAAAAAGAAUUCAGAGGGAAGAGAAAUUAUAUCAACAAGAAAAACAAAUUGAAGAAGAGAAAAAAAAAUUAAAACACCAAAACCUUACUAAAAAUUCAGCAUCUAGAAAUUUUGCUACAAAAGGGAGAAAUUCAGAAAAUAUAUUUUUUGAAAAGUUAAAGGAAGACAGUAUUCCUGCUCCUCGCUCUACUGGCAGUAUUAAAAUCAACUUUACCCCUCGAGUUUUUCCAACUGCCCUUCGGGAGUCUCAAGUAGCAGAAGAAGAAGAGUGGCUACACAAACAAGCAGAAGCACGAAGAGCAAUUAAUACUGACAUUCCUGAGCUUUGUGACUUAAAAGAAGAAGAAAAGAACCCAGAAUGGUUAAAGGACAAAGGAAACAAAUUAUUUGCAACAGAAAACUAUUUGGCAGCUAUUAAUGCAUACAAUUUAGCCAUUAGACUAAAUAGUAAGUUUCCAUUAUUGUAUCUGAAUCGGGCUGCUUGCCAUCUGAAGCUAAAAAACUUACACAAGGCCAUCGAAGAUUCGUCUAAGGCACUAGAACUAUUAACACCACCUGUUGCAGACAAUGCUAAUGCAAGAAUGAAGGCACAUGUACGACGUGGGACAGCAUUCUGUCAAUUAGAAUUGUAUAUAGAAGGCCUACAGGAUUAUGAAGCUGCACUUAAGAUUGACCCAUCUAACAAAGUUGUACAAAAUGAUGCUGAGAAGAUUCGGAAUAUAAUUCAAGGAACCGAACUAAAUUCUCAAUGACUAUAGAAGCAACUAGGUAUCAUUUAAGUAUUACUUAAGUAAGUAUUGUUUUAAGUCUUUCAAAAGUAACUGGAGGCACUGGAAAUCUUUGUACAUCUUAUGGCUGAUGAUGCAGAUUCACUUUUGCUUAGUA